UAUUAAUUUUGGGUGAAGAGUGUAAUAAGGAAAACAAACAAGGGGACAAAAAUAUUUAACAAUUCGAAAUCGUUGGAUUGCUUCGGGGAAGAGAAGAAGCGAAGAACCUGAUUCGAUUUUUUUUUUGAAAUAACUCUGCUGGGCACACUCUUGCGUUAUUACUUCUACAGUCCUUAUUCUAAUCAAACCUGGUGGGUGAGCUUGAAAUUGCUUUAUUUUUCAAUCUUCCAACUUGAUUAAAAUCUCCGUCUUGAGAAUCGAUUCGACCUAUACUGCUAAGUGUUGUUAUUAUGGUUAGUAAUAAGCAGAGACCGGCCAAGCUCUCUGUCUACCUUUACAUUCCCAAUAUCGUUGGGUACAUGAGAGUUGUAUUGAAUUGCAUUGCCUUUGCUGUGUGCUUCUCCAACAAGACUCUCUUCUCCCUCUUGUACUUUUUCAGUUUCUGUUGUGAUGCUAUUGAUGGAUGGUGCGCUCGUAAAUUCAACCAAGUUUCUACAUUUGGAGCUGUUCUUGACAUGGUCACAGACAGAGUCAGCACAGCGUGUCUUCUUGUGAUUCUCUCCCAAAUAUACAGGCCUAGCUUGGUUUUCCUCUCACUCCUGGCCUUAGAUAUUGCUAGUCACUGGCUCCAAAUGUACAGUACAUUUCUAUCAGGGAAGACCAGCCAUAAGGAUGUGAAAGAUAGCACGAGCUGGCUGUUUAGACUAUACUAUGGUAACCGUUUGUUCAUGGGUUAUUGCUGUGUUUCCUGCGAGGUUCUUUACAUAAUCCUCUUUCUCAUAGCAGAGAACCAUACUGAAAAUCUGAUGAACGUAGUAGUUGAAUCAUUGACACAGUUUUCACCGCUCUCUUUACUCUUGGCUUUGAGUAUAUUUGGUUGGUCGAUCAAGCAGAUCAUCAAUGUGAUUCAGAUGAAAACGGCUGCAGAUGUUUGUGUCUUGUAUGACAUAGAGAAGCAGCAUAAGCCCUGAGGUUUUGUGCUCUUUGAAUCGUCUUUGUUUCUUUUAACCUCGUGUGUAUUACACUGUGUACAUAUAUGGAUGCAUCUUGCUUAAUGGUGGAUGUAGAUUAUACCCUUUGUCUUGCCUUUGUUUUCUAUAAUAUGAAAGAUCCUUUUAACUA